CUUAUGGUUAUAUUAUCCUGAGCUAACGUGCAUUUCUAGUAUUAAUUACGCUGUGUCAAACCAAGCAUUGUCCAAAAAAGCUGCUACCACGGCUUCCAAUAAUAGCCAUAACGGAGGCCGAUUUCCUCUUUGCGCCUGGCUUUGUUGUUCUAGCUCUUGCUGUUCGGCCAGCGAAACGGAGGAUGGUGUCGGUGACAAAAGAAUGGGAGAAAUGGAAGAGGAAGAAUUUGAACAACAACGUCAACAAAAUAGUAUUGCGGCAGCAUCUUCCAAUUUUGAAGUGACUGGUGCAUCAGGGAAUAAUAUAGCAUCUAGAAAACACUCACCAGGAAUGGAUUCACUACAACAUGCAAAAACUCCUUGUAGAAAAGUAUCUCCGACUGUUUCCUUUGGACCCCAAACUAUCACUGCCGCUUCUUCAAUCAAAGGUUCUCCUAUUCUAAGCAGUAGAACAACGAAAAGGAGCACUGUCGAUGUCCUUCACCGGUUUGCUCAAGAUCUUUGCGCAGUGAAUAGCUCAGGAAGACGUGCCAAAUUUCACAAAUUUUCGUUAGGUGAAGAAAGGUGGAAAUGGAAUUCUUUGGACGGGAAUACUUGUGAGCCUAGAACGAGCAAGUCAUUGCCUAUUUCCGGUCGUCCUUCUUCAGCCCACCACACUCAACAUAAUCAUAACUACCAACAUUUAAAUAAUUUGUUACCUGGAAGAGAUUUGGUAUGUUCACCAACGCCAAUUGCGGAAGAUGGUCCAAUUUCGUGGCAGCCUGGAUUUGCUGAAGUAUUGGGUAUGUAA